CAUUUCUCUAUUCCCGUUUCGAUACUUGGAACCCAGCCAACCAGCUCGUCCUCCCCUCCCCACUCCAGCCCACCCGAUCCGCGCCGCCCCCCGUCCCUCCCCGCCCCGCCCAGCGCGGCGCCGCGUCUCGCAUUCGCGGCAACCUCUCUCGCCGUCACCCUUCUGAUCCUCGCUGUUCUACCGCCCGCGCGAGACCUGCCCCCCUUCCGUGCUGAGUGUUGCCUCAGCCUCGACCCCAUCCCUCUCCGCCCCCGCCCUGAUCUCGGUUCCUCCGUCCGUGUCCCGGCUGCGAUCCGUCCUUUGCCGGCCAGGCAAUUGAUUUCAGCUCCUGAAUGCUGCUACCUCCAGAUACCUCACUUCGUGCUGUUGCUCCUUGCGGAUUGCGCGCUGUCAGGUCUGGAUAGUGCGGGCGGUGCAGAGUGUCCUCCGUUCUUCCUCGCCCGGCCCCAAAAGAUUUCGUGAGCAAUUAGGUGCCUUGGAAUCGCUGGUGUAUAUCUUGUUUAUUUGGCUCUACAAAAUCUAGACGGCCGAGAGAAUCCCCUGCUAGUGACGGGCUGACGGCAUCGGUUCUUGUGAUGUUUAGUGGCUUGGACACCAUCACUACUGCUUAUUCUUGUUUAGUUGACCUUGAGCCCUUUCCCUUUCGCGUGCUGCAUCAAUUGAUUAGCCUGUGGUUGUUGAGGAGAUCACGAGUUUUUCUUAACCUUGUUGUCUAUCCGUAGUAGGUGUUGUUGCAGUUUGCUUCAUUGGCGCCCCUUACAUAAGUGUUCGUCAAUCACUUUUGCGUAGAGCUCUUUACCUCACUCGGAUAAACAAGCUCGCCAAAUUUUUAGACCAGCUGGGCUAAAAUAAAGGUUAGAUUGUGUUGGAUAUUUUCCGGUAGGACAUUGUGGGUUCGUGAUGUCUUGCACCUCCCCAGAUCCACCAGACUACUGCUCGGCCGAAUCGCCUGAGCUCAAGCUAUACCAGGCCUUCAUCUUCUCGGUGCCUGUCUUUUUUACAUUCGUCUUGCUCCUCUUCUUCUAUCUGUUCUACCUGAGGCGGCGCAGGGCCAAUUGGCAGUCCUUGAGGAUGAGGACAAAUAAUUUGAUACGUGGAGAUAACCCCAGGCUGGAGUGUGGUUUGAAGAAGGAGAUGCGGGAAAUGUUGCCAGUGGUUAUCUAUAAAGAGAGUUUCUUGAUCAGGGAGACACAGUGCUCUGUCUGCCUAGCAGACUAUCAACCAGAUGAGCGGCUUCAGCGAAUACCUCCUUGUGGCCAUACCUUUCAUAUCAAUUGUAUUGACCACUGGCUCUCUAAAAACACCACCUGCCCCCUUUGUCGAGUCUCGCUCCUUCCAGCCCCCAAAGCAACCAGCAUUGACCCGGAUUUGGAAGCACAAACUGUAGAGGAAUCUCUGAAUGUACACCAUCAGGAGGACCUCUCCGACAGGAACACACCACAGGAAGAUCAGGCAGCGGAAGGUGGUGGUCAGGCCGAAGAACCAUGUAGCGAUGCUGUAGAGCCCUUGACGGUCAGGGUGGUCACUGAGCCUCAAGCUGACACGGAAGGGUCACCAAGCACAACCUGCCAACCCGACAAAGCAAAGAAAUAAAGGCGGCCCUUGAUAUAUUUCUUGUAGCAUCGUAUGUUUAGCUGAUCAGGAAGGAUAAACACAUAAAGAUCACCAUUGAUGUUGUACUAGCCGUUUUCCAGGGAAAAAAAGGAAAAGUUCAGUGCUGGAGAAAUAUUUAUCAAUACAUAGUUAACAUAACCGAUAAAGUACCAGUGACCUGUUUUUCAUUUGGUAAACCA